UCAUAAAGGCUCGGCGCAGCCCACACCACAACCAGAACUCGUGUUGCAAACGUUCGCUGUUGGCUACCUUUGCUGACCAUGAUGCUUAAGUCGUCGUCCAGCAAGUGCAGCCGUGCGAACCGGGCGUCGACAUGCCGGAUGCCUGUGGUCGUCACAGCGAGCGCCAUGCCGCGCAGCGCUGAGCCUAACGUCGGCAGCUACCUGCCGCCUGCAGGCAUCUCAGACUUUGUGCUGUUCGUGCCAACCCAGGCCAAGACGCCGGCCCUGCGUGCCGGCACUGUGGAUUCCGCCAACCCCUACAAGUUCGCGCUGCCGCCCCAGAUGGUGGAGCAGAAGGUCGCCAACAUCGCGUCCGGCAACUACUGCCAGCCCCGCUGCGACGAGCCCUGGACGGAGGUGAUCUUUGAGGGCACCACGGGCGGGCGUGUGGAGCUGAUCGUGGCGCCGCUGCAGAAGCUCACACCCCGCAAGAACAUCAAGGUUGAGGACCUAGGCACGCCGGAGCAGCUGCUGCAGCGUGUGGGCAACUACAUCACCGGCACCUACCUGGACGAGGAUGCACUGGUGUCCGGCACCAGCAAGACGUUGGAUGACGGCCUCACCUACUACUACUACGAGCUGAACGCCCCCUACGCCAAGGUCGGCGGCCACUCGUUCACGGCCUGCACUGUCAAGGGUGACCUGGCUUAUCUGUUCAUCACCAGCGCCAACGAGAAGCAGUGGGGCAAGCUGGAGGGCAGCCUCAAGCAGACGGUGGAGAGCUUCCGCGCGUGAGGUGUUUCCGGGUUGGAUGCGGACGCCGAUGGCGUUUACCUAAUAAGCUCUGGACGGCAGCGGGCCAGCCGGGGCGCUUGGCCCCGGGGAGAGGUGAUAGGCAGUGGCAAAGGUGUACAGGUUACGAACGGACAUGCCUGGGUCGUGGACACGUCAGGCAUGGUGAAGCAAAUGCUGGUAUUGACGCUGAUGUAGACGGGUGAAGAUACAUGCAAUCUGGACUGUCUAAAUGCGAUUGCUUGAAUGACCAAGUUUUUGGGCUGAGCCCCCCGAGCGAAGCGAUCCAGGGGGGGGCGAAACCCCCCAGGAUUGCCCCUGUCCGUGCCUGCCUGCCUGCCUGCGUGCCUGCCUGCGUCGACAAAAAGUGCCAAACUGGCGCAAACCGCGAGUGCCACGUAUUAUUAAUUGCUAUUCCCUAUUGUAGAAAAAUAGGCGGCAGGGAAAACUCGGCCGGAGCGAGAAGCGACCUCGUGAGUCCAUGGACAUCUUGACUUUCUUCAGUCCGCGAGUAUAGCU